AUGCGCGCCGCGGGCGCCUUCACGGCGCUCGGCCUGGACCCCCUCCUGCUGGACGGCUGGUUCUCCGCGACGCUCCGCGACGCGAUCGCCGCGCAGCUCGCGGGCGGCGGCGCCGCGGGCGCGUUUGUGACGUUUGCGGAGGUGUGCGUGCUGACCAACGGGGCCGUCGACGCGAUCGCUCGCGGCCUGGUGGCGCGCGCCGGGCUGGAGGGGGUGGUGGCGCCCCUGCUUGACGUCAAUAUGGCUCAGGCCUUCAAGCCGGACCCGCGCGUCUACCGCUUCGCGGCAUCACAGCUGGGCCUGUCCCCCGGGCAGUGCAUGAUGGUUGCCUCUCACCCCUGGGACAUCAACGGCGCUCUCUCUGCCGGCCUGAGGGGCGCCUACGUGAAGCGGGGGGAGGCGUACCCCUCCUUCCUGAGGCGCCCCGAGGCGGUUGUGGGCGGUUUUGAUGAGCUGGCGGACCUGCUGCUCGGGAAGCCCGAGUGA